ACCCACAACCAUUGUCCUUACAAUUCCAAUACUCACAAGCCUCUGCCCUCGCUGCUCUUCCAAAGCUUCCUCCUUUCAUUUUGAAGUUUGCAACUUCUUCUUCCAAGCAUUUUGAAAUGGAGUCAAUGAAGAUGAAGCUUUCAGUGGCUAUGUUGGUGGUUGUGAUGGUGGCCUUGUCAAGCAUUGAGAAGGUGGCUGCAGCUGAUGCUCCAGCACCUAGCCCAACAUCUGAUGCCGCCACCCUCUUUGUGCCCACUUUCUUUGCAUCUCUAGCAGCUUUGGCUUUUGGAGUCCUCUUCUGAAUCAGCUCAUGAUUAGUCAUGAUGGCAUUUUAGGCUGAUUGGUGUAGUAGUUAUAUUAUGCAUUUCUCUAUCUUUCUCACUCACUUUUCCUUCUCUCUCUAGAAUCGCUUGUAUUCAGUUUUUCAGGAAAGAGAGAGAGUGGAAAUGGGUUGGAUCGAUAUUUUAUCUUCUUUCUUUCUUGGGGAUUUCAGGUUGUAAUUUGAUUAUUUAUUGGUGUUGAUAUAAUGAGGAGGGAUUUGUUUGAGUGUGAUUGAUGUAUAUUAGUCUUCUUCUUCUUGUAUUGUAUUUUCUUCCUAUUAUGAUCUUCUAAUUCAUUGUAUUUGUGCUGCAUUUGUAGUAAUAAAAUCCCAUUAUUGUUUCUUUACA